UAACAAACUUGUGGCGUAUUUUGAUAUCAAAUUGAUAUACGUAAAAUAGAACAAAUCAGCAUUAAAAUAUCAACAACAAUUGUGAACAAUUUUGGUUCACGAGACGCCGAAAGCGCCUCUCUGUGGCCAAAUGUACAAGCCUUAUUUCACGACAUAUUUUGUCCCAUUCCCAAUGUACAUAGUUGACUCUCCUGGUCUCUAGUCUUCUUGGACGGAACUGAGCCGAGACGACCAUCGAACACAGCUUAAAUCUGCGAAAGCUUAACUAGGCUGAACGAACUUACCUACUGUUACCUACGAAAGUACGAGACAGGCUGAAUUUAAUUCAUAACGCAAUGGGAGGAUUUGUUGGUUUAGUAAAAGGCGUUUACUAUGAUCCAUUUAAGUGGUCUUUGGUUAAAAGUGCUGGAAUUUUUGCAAUUGGUGUAUCUAUUGCUCUUCAAUGCAACGGAGUCGAUUUAAUGUCAUCAGUAUCUUCGUAAAACUACAUUUGAUAACUGAGAUAAUAAUAACAGCGAUUUUAUCAUUCAUAAUAUUUGCAAAAUAUCUACUUAUUGAAUUAAUUAUGAAUUUUUUCUAAUUGUUUGUAAACUUUUAAACUUAAUUUUUGUUCGAAAACAGUAAAAAAUGUAAUUGAAUAGACAUUCAGUAUCAACUGGCUUUUUUUGACAGACCUAACCUAAUGUAUCAAUCUCGUUUUCUUAACCCUCAUCGUUUAUUCCGUGGUUCAGUACAUACAUAAUACAAAAACACAUUUACAGUUCAGUGGUUCAGUCCAGCCUAUAAGCAAUGGUAAAGCGCAGACCAACUUUGGCUAAUUGAGUUUUAGUGUAACAUAUAUUUUUACGUCGAAAUAACUAAGUAUAACAUGAGCAGGAGAUUAAAUCCAUAAUUCCGAAUAGUGACAUAAAUUGAAAAUCGGAUUUUAAGUGUGCCGGCCUAAACAUCAAUAAAUUCGAUACUACUUGAUAAUCAUAACCAUAACUUGAAGAGUAUGUCAGUUGCUGAACUGAAUUUAUUGGCUAUGGCAGGGAAAACUAUAUUUUAUAAAAUUUGUGAAUUUCUUAAAUCAUCGAAUAUGUACAAAAUAGUGUCAUCUCCGUUUUCAUUGAUCGUUACUUUUAUGAUUUUUUUUACUACACUUUAUUGUGUUCUAACCUAUGGGACAGGGGAACAAAAUAAUAUUUAUCAAGCUUUGGUUAUAGAAGAUAUGAAUUUUCCAGUACAUAUUUUAAACAGUGAGCAGUCUUCAGCUGCGAUAAAAAAUCGGUCGUGUACCCAUUUUAAUUGCUUUAAUAUCUAUAAAUGUCGAAUUGGAGGAGAUAAACCUUCAGUGUAUGUUUAUCCACCCGAAAAUUUUAUUGAUUCAUAUGGAAAUUCCGUUAAAUCUGGUUCAAUGUCAAAAGAAUUUUAUCAAAUUCUCGUUUCUAUAAUAUCCAGUGAACUCUAUACACCGAACCCAACUGAAGCUUGUAUUUUUGUUCCGUCCAUUGACACUUUGAAUCAAAACUAUCUUCAACUUGGUGCUGUUUCUCAAGCUUUAAAAUCUUUAAAGUUUUGGAAUAAUGGAGAAAAUCAUCUUAUCUUCAAUUUGAUCCCGGGCAUUUCACCAGAUUUUAAUGCAAGCUUUGAAGUCGAGAUAGGAAAAGCAAUGAUUGUUGGAGCUGGUUUCUCAACUUUAACUUACCGAACAGGCUUCGAUAUUAGUCUUCCGAUUCCCGGAACAUUUUCUGGAGCGAUGAUAAACCAUAGACCUCACAAACCUUCCAGACUACUCGUUUCUUGCCAUAUGAAUAUCAAUGAAGCUUUUCAACAUGCUAUUAUUGAGAUUUCUUCGGCUUUUCCAAAAGAUGUUUUACUUCUCGGACCUUGCUUGCAUCACAACCCAAUGAGCAGCUCAAUAAGAUGUUCAGGAAAGCAAAUUUUCAAGUACCCCGAUAUAUUGCAAAAUUUUAAGUUUUGCCUUAUUGUUCAAGAAGCCAGACUAGGGCAGAGAUCCCUUCUAGAUGCUUUGGCAACUGGUUGUAUUCCGGUUAUCAUCUCUGAUACAAUUAUUAUGCCAUUUCAAGAAAUAAUAGACUGGAAGAGAUCAGCAGUCUUUAUACGAGAAGUAGAUAUUCUUUCAGUUGUUCAGAGACUACAAAAUAUUUCAACGAUGAAAGCCGAGAAGCUUAAAGAACAAAGCCUUUGGAUUUGGAAUAAAUACUUUAAAACGAUCGAUUUGAUUACAAAAACAACUUUUGAAAUUUUGUUUGAGCGGAUUUUUGGGAGAUUGUCUAAAGACUACAACGACUGGAACGUACCAGACGCAAAAAAUAUAAAUCCACCGUUAUCCCUCCCAACUAUUGCUCCAAAAACUCAUGGUUUUACAGCGGUAAUUCUUACCUAUGAUCGUGUAGAACUUUUAUUUUCUUUGAUUAACCAAAUUAUUGAAGUCCCAAGCUUGACAAAGAUUUUAAUAGUUUGGAAUAAUGUAAUAAAAAAUCCACCAGCUGCACAGCGUUGGCCAAAAUUGAGUAAACCUCUAGAAAUCAUCAGGGCAAAAGAAAACAAAUUGUCAAAUAGAUUCUAUCCAUAUGAUCAAAUUGAAACUGAAGCUAUUUUAUCGAUUGAUGAUGAUAUUGUCAUGUUAACCCCUGACGAGCUGGAGUUUGCAUACGAAGUAUGGAGAGAGUUUCCUGACAGGAUUGUCGGUUUUCCAUCAAGAACUCAUACCUGGGACCGUUCGACGAAUGGUUGGAAAUAUGAAAGCGAAUGGACGAACCGAAUAUCUAUGGUUUUAACUGGUGCUGCAUUCCAUCAUAAAUAUUGGAGUUAUUAUUACACGACAUCGAUGCCUGGAGACAUAAAACGUUGGGUUGAUGAACAUAUGAACUGCGAAGAUAUUGCUAUGAAUUUUCUCGUCGCAAACUCUACGGGAAAAGCACCAAUAAAAGUGACGCCAAAAAAAAAAUUCAGAUGUCCAGAAUGUACCAACACUGAAAUGCUUUCAGCUGAUCUUGCUCAUAUGGCUGAAAGAACCGACUGUAUUAAUCAUUUUUCCAGAAUUUACACUACUAUGCCUUUGAAGUCUGUUGAAUUUCGAGCAGAUCCAGUACUUUUCAGAGAUGUUUUUCCUCAAAAAUUGAAACGAUUCAAUGGGAUUGGAAGUCUUUGAAUCGUUAUACAAGUACAGAAAAAAUAUACAGCCUGGGUACCAGUGAUGGGCUUUGGCCGAUUUUUGACUUUAUUACAUUACAUGUAAUAUUUAAGUAAUUUAGCCCGCCACCAUUUUUAGAGCCUCUUCUUUACCGGCCGUCAACAAAAAGCAAGCUGACAAUUGAUGUUUACAUGUUAUAUUAAUAUAAACAAUAAACAAUUAAAUCAUUAAACAAUACCCUGGCGGAAAUGGUGAGAGCUAAGCCAGAAGAAAACGAUAUCGCUUUUGUCGCCAAAGCCAGAGCAAAACCAGAGCAAAGCCAGAGAUAAUAAAAACAGAAUAUUAACGAUAUCAAACGUAAAUUUGGGCUUUAUAUGGAUAUAUUCUUUAAAUUAAAUUAUUAUUAAACUUAUUUUUAGCAAUAAUAUUGAUGUAAAGAGAUAAAUAUAAGUAUAACAAGUAAUGUGAAAGUUGACAGAUUUUGACGUUUUGAGGUUGACUUGAAUCGGCUAAACACAAAAAUCCCUAGCGUAAAGCAAUAGUAAAUCCAGACCUUUACCAGAGUAAAGCCAGACUUGUAAAAAAGACAUUUAUUUAUAACAAUAGCACUAACUAUUAAUAAAAAAUAUUAAAUUAAUAGAUUUUAAU